AUGGGAAAUAAAUUUGUGACGUUUACCGAAGAUCAAUUGGAAGAUUAUCAGGAUUGUACAUUUUUCACGAGGAAAGAAAUAUUAAGAGUGCACAAAAGGUUUCGGGAAAUAAAUCCGGAUGUCGUGCCUAAAACCAUGACAAAAAACGAACCCGUGACCGUUUUGGUGUCGAUGGAAGAAGUACUCAAAUUGCCAGAGCUUAGAGAAAAUCCUUUCAGGCAAAGAAUCUGUGAAGUUUUUUCAAACGACGGAAAGGGAAAUCUCACGUUCGAAGAUUUUCUAGAUCUUUUGUCCGUUUUUAGUGAACACGCACCGAGAGACAUAAAAGUUUUUUACGCUUUUAAAAUAUACGAUUUCGACGGAGAUCAACACAUCGGACAUAAAGAUUUAGAACUUGCUUUGCGUUUGUUAACGAGAAACGAACUCACACCUGAAGAAAUUUCUCAGGUAUGUGAAAAAGUCAUAGAGGAAUCCGACGUUGACGGAGAUGGUAAACUUUCAUUUAUGGAAUUUGAACACGUGAUAACGAGAGCUCCUGAAUUUUUGAGUACAUUUCAUAUAAGAAUGUAA